AUGACGCCAAAUCCGCUGGAUCUAUUCGCUAGUAUUCGAAUCCAUGGCCUUGUCUCUUCGCAGGAAGGGGAGCGGCUCAGCAUUGAACUGGACCGCUCCGUCUCGUUCCCAAUCCCUGUGUGGCACGAUCCUGACCAGAGACCCAAAGACCCCGAGGGAGAUGUCUCCGCGCGACCGCUUUCAACGGCAGAUUUCUUAAAUCUAGAGCUGGAAGCAUGCAUCUCUGCCCCCCACAAGCCGAUUAGCAGCCAUUCCAAUCCUCUCGCACUUGGGUAUGGGCGGAGUGGAGACGUUUACCCACUCGAAGUUGUCGCCAUUCGCCAGCUUCCACAGUCCCUUUUCCAGAGCCGCGUGCACCAUGUCGACAUCGAAGCCCUGAAGAAGUCCCUACCCCCACUUUGCAUGAAAGUGGCCAGACCCACGUACGCACGUUCCGUGGCCCGUGAAGCUUGGUUUUACGAACGACUGGACAAAGAGGAACUUAUGGGCGCCGUUUCACCGAGCUGCUACGGGCUAUUCCACACCAAGGUUACCUCCAACCUGUCUAUCUUGCUCCCCCCAGACUACGAUGAAGUAGUCGAGGAACAAUAUGAAAGAAACCCGGACGGCACAUCGGUGAUGUCUGAAGACGAGUCCGACAGAUUUAUGGACGAUCCUUUCGCAAGCCACAAGUCAUCUCCUUGGCUCUCAUUCCGAGAAUCGAAAGAUUCUCCGACCAUCACUGCUCUCAUCCUCGAACGAGUCGGGGAGAGAAUGACGAUGGAAGAAUACGCGAUGGACGAGAACAGAAACGACAUAAACUCCAUCUACCAGGAGGACUUGAGGUACGCCUUGAUCCGUCAUCGCGAUGGAAGGCUUCCUAAUGUUCUGCGGGCCCCUCCAACCGCUCGAAUCUGCCCUAUCCACAAUCGCGCGCACCGUUGGUUUCUGGUCGAUUAUGAGCGCUCUCUACUAGUAACCAUGAGGGAAGAGGAAGAGUUGUACUAUCAGUAUACAUCCUUAUCAUCCUGGGUGCAUUGUGGGGGACGAGACAUCCCUUAUGGCGCAUGA